AUGAAGCAAGCGUUUGUAACUCUUGAUAUGGCCAAGAUUGGUUUAACCACUCGUCGUGGCGGUGUGUCUUCAGUGUUUUGUCUUCGCGCUGCCGGUUUCACAUGGGGAGAACCAGGAGAGGGUCUGGACGGCGAUGACUAUCUAGAGCGUGACGCGUACGGACGCACACGUGUUGAGUUUCUGGGUGACGGGUACCAGCCUGGGCAAGGUCUUCCGCGUGGUGUGAGUUACAUGGGCUCUCGCAUCAACCGCAUGGGCAACGAUUCUGACGAGUCGGAAGAGGAUGAGGAUUGAUCAUAUUGAUGCCUUCCCUUCGUGACACGCGGCCGCUCGAUUAUCUAUGCCCCGAAAUUAUGUAUAUGCCGCUGCAGACAUCUAUCUGAAAGUAUUUGGAUAUGCUGCACCUUCACUUCUUGAGGCUUUGAAAGCGAUGUACGUCACUUGUUUUAUAUCCUUAGCGUACUUCGCAGCGCCCAUACUUUACCAUCCUUGUCAUUCUCCAUUCAUGUAGAAGGAAUAAAUUGUACAGUUUGCAA